AUGGAUAACCCUCCUCCCAACGGCGGCUCGGCCGGUAACUCGAGCGAUUUUGUUAGGAAACUUUACAAAAUGCUCGAAGACCCUUCGUAUGCGCAGAUCGUCAGAUGGGGAGACGACAGAGACAGCUUUGUCGUAUUAGAGACCGGGCAGGCGUGGGAGUUCAAACAUCCCGAGUUCAAGGCCGACAACAAAGAUUCGCUCGACAACAUACGACGAAAGGCGCCCGCACCGCGGAAACAGGCUCCCGCAAACGAAGACUCCAUCCCCACGCAGCAGCUCGAUCUCAUGAACCAGCAGCUUCUCGCGCAGCAGCAGCAGCUCCAGCACCUCGCAGACCGCUUCACCCAGUUCACCGUCGACCACCAGAUGAUGCUCCAGGAGGUCAGACGGGUGCAAAAGUCCGUCCUCGGCCACGACCAGGUCGUCCACUGCAUACUCACUUACCUACACUCUCUCGACGCCCGGCACAGACGAGAGUCCCGCGCCGCCGCCCUCUCCUUUCAGUCACAGACCGAUCUCAGCCCUUCACAGGUGGCCGGCAUGGACGAGAAUCCCGCGUCGCCCCUACAGCACGCCACGAAGCUGCUUAACGAGAUGACGGCCGAGAACCAGUUCAACUUUUCGGCCCUAGAAGGUAUCGUGCCUACGCCGCCCCUGGACCAGACUCAGCGCAACAAUGUCAACGUCAACGGCGUCAACGGAGUGAAUGUCGUUGGUGGUGUCGUCGGGGGUGUUGGCGUCGUCGGUAUCCCUCCUACAUCCGCCGCGCAGCCUGCAUCGAUGUCCUACCCGAAGAUGAACGGAGAGCUUGAACAGGUCGUCUACCCGGUCGGAGCCACCAAUGGCAUAGAUCCCAUGUACAGCGAACAUGUCAAUAACAUCCCUUACUCUCUACCUACAAACUCUACGGCGGCUGCACCCAACAAGGACAUGGAGGUGUCCGACGUACGGCGGCAGUACUCCGUUGGCGGAGAUGGGAGGAAGAAGAGCAUCUAUCCCGACCCCGGAUGGGUGCGCAGCCCGCACAUCCUACUUGUCGAAGACGACCAGACCUGUCGACAGAUCGGUGGCAAGUUCCUGUAUUCCUUCUCUUGUGUUGUUGAUACUGCUCUCGAUGGCCUUGAAGCAGUGAAUAAGAUGCAGGAAGGCUCCAAAUAUGACCUUAUUUUGAUGGACAUCAUUAUGCCGAACCUUGACGGUGUCUCGGCCUGCAGCCUUAUUCGUCGGUUCGAUAACACACCAAUAAUCGCAAUGACAUCCAACAUCCGAUCCAGCGAUAUAGACCUUUACUUCCAGCACGGAAUGAACGACGUCCUUCCCAAACCGUUCACCCGCCAAUCCCUCCUUAACAUGCUAGAAAAACACCUUAUGCCCCUCAAAAACGUCAAUGUGAAUGUCCCAGCUUCCGGAAACCCGAUGGAUGCUCCACCACAGCCCCAGCAGCAGCAGCAGCAGCAACAGCAAUCCGCCCAAUCAACAAACAGCAACCCCGCAGCCCCCGGCACACUCUCCAACUCCGUCCCCGUAGCUGUCGCCGGCCUUCCUCCAACUUCCCAGGCAGUCAAGGACGAAACAUCCCCCACUCACUCCCCUUCGACGAUGGGUCAAACAAACUGGCAGAACUCCCCCAUCACGCCCGGCCAGGCAGGCCAAUCUGCCUUUGACGCCAACGGCAUGCAGUACCCUCCUCAGAACCAGAGCCAGAACCAGAAUACUCAAAACCACGUCAAGCACCGUCGUCAGGCGUCUGACAUGGCCGGACUAGACGUCAAUGCCUAUAAUAAACGACAGAGGAUGUUUCAUGGUUCUGGCUCCGGGCCUGGCCCAGGGUCCGGACCUGGACCUGGCCCGGGCGCGGCAGUCGUUAAUCCCAUGUAG